GAAAUACCCUCAUAGCCAGAUAAAGCAGAGCAGAGCAGAGCGCAGCCUGGGUGACAGCUCGGUGUGGAAGCGGAGAGCAACAUGUUGAGAUCACCAGACCAACUCAGGAGGAUGCACAUAUUCCUACCGAUGGUGGGGAUUUGGGCUCAUCUGUUGUUUUUGCAGACUGCCGCUCAGCCGUGCGACCCACUAACGCAGUACAUGAAGAAUGGGCAGUGCUGUCAAAUGUGUGGUCCAGGGACCAGCAUGUUGAUGAGCAGUACUUGUCAGGAACCAGAGUGCCGAAUCUGUGGGGACGCAGAAUAUCAAGAUAAAUACACAAGUGAACAGAAGUGUCAACGUCAACCAUACUGUGACCCAAAUAAUAACUUUAGGCCUCCCGACAAUGUACUCACAAAAAAAACCAUCUGCAUGUGUAAAGAGGGAUUUCACUGCUCCGCUGAAGCGUGCAUAACCUGUGUCCCACAUACACCCUGUAACUCGGGAUAUGGGGUUAAAUCUGAAGGCAAUCAUUUGCGUGACACUGUGUGUGAAAAAUGCCCCAAAGGCACAUUUUCCAAUGAGAUCUCACUAAGCGGAGUCUGUAUGAAGUGGACAGAAUGUGGGAAUGGACAGCGUGAGCGACAAAGCGGAACAGACAUAUCCGACACCAUCUGUGAGGAAACCAAACGGAACCAUACUCUCCUGAUCAGUAUUUCAGUAAUUAGUGCCAUAUUGGUAUUAGUCAUUGCUGCAGUCAUUCUCUGCCGAAAAUAUGGUCAACGAGAUGCGAGAGGAAAUUUAAAGGGCUGUGUGGAAUCGUGUAUAGAUGAAAAGGUGCACCUGACCGGACACAAACCAAUAACACAACCAACCGAUAACGAAGAAGAAUUCAUGUCGCCUGAGAUGCAGUCCUCACAAGAAGAGAGCUCUCUGAGGACACCGGUGGAAAACGAGGACGAGCCGAGCCAGGAGAUGUCAUCGGAUAUGGGCCAGCGUCUCACUGAAAACGGAAACUUUGUGACACAGGAGAAUGGGAAAACAUACAUCCUCUCCAGACAGGAAUCGCAAACUCACACAGUAACAGACUGAAAAACAGCUGCCAUUAAGCUCUCCAUCGUUGAUAGCAGGGAGUUCUGGGUGUAACCUGUUUGUAUUGUUGCCUCUAUGUUUCAGUUGUACAUAUUUCUCCACAUUAAGUGUUGUCAAUAAAUUUAAAUUAUGUGCUGAAAUGACCAAGUUGUAGUGUAACAAUAUUAGAAGCUAGGGGGGUAGGACAGCGUGAGCAUUAGUUUUUAAGUCGGUAGUGUUUUUUAGGUGGCAGGCUCAUUUUCACUGUGUGUUUGCAUUUUGACAACUUCUGUGUCAAUUCUUGCAUUUUGUACAUAAUUGCACAAAGGUACUAGUUGUGUUAUGUUAAUAAUUGUGCAUGGAAACAGCAUGUAAUUUAAGAGCUUUUUUUAUUUGCAUUAAAAUGUACGCUACUUGACAUUUAAAUCAUGAGAGUGUUUAUUUUCCCUGCUGUGUGUCCGUUUGAUGCAGGACUUUAAUUAAAUUAGAGACAGCUCCCAUAAUGCUUUAGGGGGUGUAAACAGGAAGUAUAACGUUGUGGAUUCAGCUGUGAGUUAUCGUGUGGUCUGCAGCUUAAGUCCAGUUAUUUUGGCUUAUAUUUGUUGCAAUUUCGGAAAAAUUGGUAGCAUUAAAAGUAUGCCGAAGUAGCUACAAGCAGCUCCUGUGUCCAUUGCACUGGUGUUUGUACAGACAGCUGUCACUGCAUUACUUUGAUCCUGAAGAAAACUUAAAAACACGAAGAUUCUCAGGCGGGUUCUGUAGUUCUGAGGAGCGUUUGUGAUUUCUAAGCGGAUUUAUGGACGUGUAUUCGUGAUGCAUUGGAGAUGUUGGUGUCUUCGGAAAGCGGAUUUGCAUGGAGAGGUGAGGCCAGAAGACAAGGCAACUGCAUUUCAGGCCGGAUUGCUCCCAGGGGCUUUCUCAUUAUCCCCGGAUUAAUGGAGAGACGGAGAAGAUGCAGGAUUCAGCUCCACCUUCUCUCCGGUGCAAAGCGCAGGGAUGAGGUUUUAAGACCGCUACCUGGAUGUCUCAUCCCUCUGCAGGUGCAGCACUUCCACACUUUGCACACAUACACACCCCCCUCCGCCAGUCCACCUUAAGGUCCAAGCCCCCAUAACGCUACUUCCGUUGCAAAGUGCAAGCAGUUAAUGUCUCUCUGCCUCUCCCUUCCACUCGAGUAAUUCGGAAACCAAUGCAACAGCAAAAAAAAAAAAAAGUUUGUUAUUGUUCAAAUGCAAAAAUGGUACUAUCAGAGUCCAAAAAGCAACAGGAAGGGAGAGGGCAGCAAGAGAGAGUGCAUUUGUGUCUCAAGAAAUUCAGUCCAUCGAAGCAAAACAAGUGUUGUUCCUUAUUAUGCCCACGUGCCACUGGUCAGCUGUUUGAAAGAGUGGUUAUACCUCCCUGGAAAAAAGAAAAAAAAACAUUAAUACACACAUUCAUUUCCACUCUCAUGUCUAUACGCUACUUAUGAGGCUGCAGCAGUUAGCUUAGCAUAAAGAGUGAAAAUAGCCUGGCUCUGUCCAAAAGGUAGCAAAAUCAACCUACCAGCACCUCUAAAGCUCACUUUUGAACAUGUUUUAUCUUGUUUGUUUAAACUGUACAAAAACCACAGUGUUACAUGCUGGAAUAAUUCUUGGUUAAUUAGGCUUGGGCUUUAAAGGUGCUCGUAGGCAGAUUUCUGCUAGUUUCAGUAUUAAUGCUAAGCUAAGCUAACAAGCUGGUGGUUGCUUCAUAUUUACUGUACAGACAUGAAUGAAUAUUCAAUAUUCUCAUCUAACUUAACAAGUCUGCUGUCAACCUAUCAAACUACUCCUUUAAAAAGGUCCAGUGUGUAGGAUUUAGUGGCAUCUAGUGGUGUGGUUGCAGAUCGCAACACACUCACUACACCCUCACAUCCCAAAUACGAAGGAGAAACAAUGGCGGCCGUGAUACACGCAAAAAACGUGAAUGCCCCUAUCUAGAGCCAGUGUUUGGUUUUCUUCCUUCUGGGCUACUGUAGAAACAUGGCAGACUCCAGGGAAGACCGGAAGCAUCUGUAGAUAUAAACUGCUCAUUCUAUGGUAAGAAAAAAACAGUGAUUCUUACAUUCAGGUGAUAAUCCCAUUUCUGCCAAAAGAUCCCUCUAAAUGUUACACACCGGACCUUUAAAUGUCGUAAAGCCAUUAACGGGUAUGACAGAAGUGACGACUUACGAUGCAGUGAGUGUGGAGUUGAGGACAAGAGUGGUGCGUAUCCUAUACAGCUGAGCUAGAGUCAGCUUCUUGUGCUGUUGGACUGGUGAUUUCCUCUUUUUGGAUGUCACUUCCCCUGAAUCACCAGUGGCUGUCGACUCGUUUUUCUUAUCUACGCAGGCAGAUGGAGCCGUUUCCCCGUCUGAGCUGUUGCUUUGAGACUCGUUACCCUCACAAGGUCCGUCAGGCGCCCUGUAGCCGUGCCUGACCUCCGCCCUCCUCAGGGUGGCACAGAGUUUGUCGGAUGGCAUGCUCAUGCUCAAGCAGUCUUCAGACUGGUCGAGGUCACUGGAAAACAGCUCCAGGCAGUUUUGGCCCAGCUCUGACAGGCUUCGACUGUGUGCCAGCGGUGACGUGUUCAUGUCCCUGCACUGUGAUUGGUCCUGAACCUCAGAGCGAAGUGAGUGUUUGUGAGAUACUGGGGCUUUACCGUGGAAGCGCUGCAGCAGAUUGUCCUCAGAGCGGGAUAAGGCCAGAGUGGACAGCCUCUGGAGGCAGUGGAAUCGUGGCUGAAUGUGAGGCCGCCGGCGAGGUUUAGAGGACUGGACUACUGACAGCUGGGACCCCAGUGAGGCAGCAUCCUCUUCCUCUUCUUCUUCUACCUCCUCAAUUCCUGCCUCUUCCUGCUCCGCCUCCUCACCCUCCCUGUCUCCCUCUUCCUCCUCGGUCUCCUCUCCCUCGCUCUGGCCGGGCUGUGGCUGAAGCUCUCUCAGGAGGGAUUCGGGGGAGAGGGUACCGUAGGCGCUGUCCAUGGAGAGAGAGCGACACUGGGGGUCCAGCUCCUCUUCGUCAGGCCCUAUCUCCUGUUCGUGCUCAGAGUAAAUGGUGGAGGGGACUCUGCGGGGGCUCGUGCACUGAGACUGCGGGACCUCAGACCUUUCACACAGUGGAGCCACGUCGGCGUCUUUUUCAGCGGUUCCAUCGAGGUUCAUGUUUGGGGAAGGAGGAUCCUGGUGUUCACCUGGUUCAUCAAUGUCCAUCACUGACAGGGUCUCAGUGGAACCAUCGGAUUGACUGAAAGGAGAGCUGUACGCUGUAGUACCUUGAGUUUUGCUGGUCUUUGUGCCUCAGGCAUGGGGAGCUAGUAGUGGAGUUGCUGCUCUCGUCUUCCUCCUCCUCUUCUAACUCGCCCUCUGUACAUCUCUUCAGACUGCUCUGCUGCCGGAGGACCUCCUCAUUGCGGAGCCUCUGGAGCUGGUUCUGCAGUAUAAUUACAGAACUACAUUAAGUAUGCAAACCACAAAAUGCCGUAUGUGACUCUUAUCCCCCAGCUCCACACAUUGAGCAUUUAAUAAGAUAUGAAGUGCCUCUCCAACCUGGACAUUGCAGAUUGCAUCGAUCCAGCUUCGCCCCUGGGUGGCGCUGUUGGCUUGGAAAGUGUAGGCUGCCACUGCACUCUUAAACUCAUUGAGGUAGAUGAGGAUAAAUGAGCCUACAGAGACACAAAAAAGUAAAAAAAAAAAAAAAAGAGCUUUAACAGGGAAGACAAUCACAGCUAAUUAUCCAGUUUCAUGUCUGAGUGAGCAGAAUAAUAAUUGUUAGGUGUCUGUGCUUUUCUUUAUUCCAUAUUAGUAUAAA